AUGCAGCGUAACUGUUCAGAUCCCAAGUCCAUAUUUGGUGAUUUUGACACUCUGCACGCUUGCUACGACGAGUUUGGGGGCAAUCCUAGCAACAGCACCUUUGCCCGCCUCGUCAGCGCCUGCGUCAACGACUACUGCAACAGCCCAUUCCCUUGGAUCGGAGGGUGUGCAGCAUGGCAGGGACCGACUGGGCGCAACUUUGCCGUCCGCGAAACGGCGUUUUUCCUGUCGCGAUUCACUUAUUUUGAUAGUCCAGCCGCGUGCGAGGGCGUCGUGGGCGACCCCAGCUCUGACAUUGCAGGACCUGGGGUUUACACCUCGUACAUGAUACAGAUGGCAUUUGUCCUGUUUCUUUGGUUCUUGAUCCAGGUGUCUUCUGCCAUUAUCAAGAUUAGCAGGCACUUGCGACUGCCAGAACGUCCAGUGCUCAGAGCUUGGAGGCACAGGUUCCCGACCGGGUCCAGGCUCCUGCACCGCAUCUUUCAUCGCCACCAUGCCGUGCUGAAGCACACAUUGAUCGAGUUCCACGAGGCGCAGUGCUUCUUUCUGAUCGCCGCGCAGCUCGCCAUCCUCAUCGCGCAGGGCGACGCCGCCGUGCUUGGAUCGUACACUCUGCGGUCGGCGUUGCAAAACAUGACGACUUCGUACCUGGUUUCGACAAUUGGCAUCCUGCCCGUCGUGAUUGCCAUGUGGUCUCUGCAGAUGGCACACGAGUUCUGCGCGUGCACCAUGCUGCUCUCUGUCACUACCGUGGCGCUUUCCGAAGCCUCCAUGUACAAGUCAAAGGGCCUGUCCGUCAGAGGCCAGAUGGCGACUGUCGAUUACCGCGGCUGGCCGGCAAGCUGCGGCGGGCAUGCACCACCGCUUAUCUAUUGUGGCCUCGCUACGGAGGGGACCGGUCCUAUUGCCUUUCCCUCUGCUUUUUUGAAAGCGUCCAAUCCCAUCUGCCUCACUAUUUUCGGAGUCACAGUACUGCUCUGGCCUUUCGCCGAUUGUGCACUGUUCACUGCCGUGGUUUGGUUGCUGUUACCCUUUGGUUUCCGGUCAUAUGCAAAUACUGCUAUUGGCUGUGCAUGGGCACUGACGCAUUCUCGAAGAUGCGGAUACCGAGUCCAUACAGGAUCAUCAACACAGCAGACGACACCAAUAGCAGCGCGCUGGUUCCAGCUUCUCCAAAUGGGUCCGCGAAGAGUGGUUGUAAAACCCAGCGCGGAUAUUAUGCAAAAAUAG